AUGAAGCUUGAUACACAAGUCAUCCCCAAGAGAGAUAGUUUUAAAUAUCUUGGGUUUGUAAUACAAGAAAACGAGGAGAUUAACAAGAAUGUGACACAUCGUAUUAGAGCGCGGUUGAUGAAAUGUAGGCUUGCAUCUGGUAUUUUAUGUGAUAAGAAUGUGCCACCAAGAGUUAAGAGAAAGUUCUACAAAGUGGUAGUUAGACCGACUAUGUUGUAUGGAGUCGAGUGUUGGCCAGUUAAAAUAUUUCAUGUCCUGAAGAUGGAAGCAGUAGAAAUGGGGAUAUUGAAAUAUAUGUGUGAGCAUACUAGGAAAGAUAAAAUUAGAAAUGAAGUUACUAGGGACAAGGUGGGUGUGGCUCUUAUGGAAGACAAGUUGUGGAAAUCGAGGCUGAGAUGGUUCGGGCAUGUGAAGAGGAGAGACACUGAUGCUUCGGUUAGGAGGUAUGAGAGGUUGAUCAUGGCAAGUUAG